AUGCCAAGAGAACUGUGGCGUGUAAAGAUAUACUGCCCCCACUCUGGCUGUGCACAAAAAGAACUAACUAGUGCUGGACUUUAUCCAAACAUUCGGCAAGUACUUGCCAUCGAUGGGUAUUACAACUUGGCAGCUGAGUAUCUGGAGUCAAGAUAUUGAGGCCUCAAAUGUAAUAAAUGACCCUAAAUGUAAUAAAGGUCCUAAGUGUAAUAACUUUUGGCCCUAAAUAUAAUAAAGGGUCUAAUUAUAUAUGUCACCAGGUUUUAGCCUUAAAUAUAAUAGAAGUCUUAACAGUAUACAUGUAUGUAGUAUAACAGCCCGAAGCUUGAUAAAGUCCUUGACUGAAACAUGCGACGAUAUUAAUGUUAUAGCCAGCUGGCGAUUCACUUUCUUUGCCCUAUUGUAGCCUUCAUAGAUAUUCAUUAACUUAGAAAGCCCCUAGAGCGCUCAAGAAGUAGGAGAAACACUUAACUACGUCUCGAUCGUGUCUCCUACUACAUCCCUACAUCGUGAAACGCGAAUUAUAAACAAAUGGAAUCUACACAAAAGUUUUCAAAAUACAGUUGUAAUUUAGUAAUUGAAGGAAGUACUAAUGCUCGUUAGAAACAAUCGUGGUAAAUUGACUACUUUUGCCCAUGGGGUUUCUUAAUGUUGCGCCAAAAAAAGAAAUGCUUUUUUUUUUUUUUUUUUUAGCCAUUUUCCAAAAGAGUAUGUCGGUCGGUCCAUACAGAAAGCUGUGAACACCAAGUUACAUAUAAACAGCAAGAUGUUAAGGGCAGUAUAUCUUUAUAGUUUUUCUGACUUCCCGACUUUGAUUUUAAUUUCUACCAGGAGAACUUCUUGCAGUGAAUUUUUAUGCUAACGUUUGUUCUAGGAUCUCACCACAUGAAUGAAAUGACAUUUUCAAAUAACAGCUGGCUUUCCUGUUUUUCUAGCGAGUAUAUAAGGAACUCUACUUUGAAGACCCAAAAUCUUUUUUAGAGCUAAGAAGAAGAAGAAGAGGAAGAAGAACAAAAUGUGAAUUGUGAUUGUCAUGAUAAUGGUGGUCCAACCAGUCAACUUCCAAAUGAAAUACUCGACAAAAUAAUAGACUUCGCGUUAACUGGAACUGACAUAAGUAUUAUUAUCACCUAUAAUUCCCUUUGCCAGCUUGGUGAACUGUUUAAAGAACUCACAAUGCGUUAUAUUUGUCGGCUACCACCAAUAAGCUACAACAAUCGCGACACUGCGCGAAGUGGCUGUUUCAGCUUGUGCACUAGUGCAACGAAUUUGGCCCAUACAGAGAUAAUACAGAGAGAUAAUAGCCAGCCCCAGAUGGAUAAAGGCGUGGGGGUUGAGCUGUUGUUUUCUGGGGUUGGAACCUGGUUUUAUGUUACAAAUGUAAAUGUGGAAAGGACGAGGGAGCAAUUAAAGUACAUUUACUUGCACCUAUUUGUUAACAGACAAAGUAAAAACAGUUUAGCGGAUGUUGUGUUAUUGACUCAGAUUAGAAAUCAUGGUGGCACUACAGGCUGCAAUUGUGACAUUUUUGGCCUUUGCCUAUGAAACAGAUUUUUUUAGUCCAAUCCAAUGGAUGAAGUUACACUUUCUUACGAAAAUUUGCUAUAAUAAACGAGGCUCUUUUGUUUUGUUACAGUUUUAAGAUAACGUCAGUCCUUUUUCGACAAUAAAGAGUUCUUAAAAAAAUUUGCUUCAUAUCAUGGACCUCUGUUUUCAAGUUGCCGUUAAAGUAGUAUUAUUGAUAACAAUGCUACCUAUUAAACCUAUUUACAAUUAAUCACUAUUCGGUCAAAGGACUAUUUACAUUUCACUUCGAUUAAACACUCUUUUCAGUUAAUAAUGACAAUAAAAAUAACAGUGAUAAUGAUAUCAAUAACUGACUAAUAAGUUGUUACUCAAAUGGCUAUAUAGGGGAUCUGCCUGGGGUAUUUAGUGUUUGAUAUUCCCUAGACACAUUCUGGCACUCAGUUAGCCUGUAAUAAGGCUAAAAGCAAAUGCUGUGAAAUCGUCUUAUGACCCUAAGCAUAUAAAAAGCUGAAAGAAUUACACUUAGGACCUUUAUUACAUUUAGGGUCAAAAGUUGUUACACGUAGGACCUUUAUUACAUUUAGGGUCAUUUAUUACAUUUGAGGCCUCAACAAAGAACUGCACCCAUAACGUACUGUCUCUGUUCUAUUCCAAUGCAUCUGUUACAUAUCGCAGUUGAAUCCAGGUUAAGAUUUUAGAACCAAUAACAUAUUUGUCCAAAGCCCUAUGGAGUGUCUGCUAUAUUUUGUCCAUGCAUUGCUAAUAAAUGCAGUUGCCAUCGUCUGUCAAGGCUGUCUUUUCGUUUUUAUUCUGUUUAAAAGGUAAUAUAAGCUGGAGUGGCCCAAUUGUCAACUAGCUGGACAUGGGGCACAAGUUGCUGUUCCCUGGUCAUUUGCUUGCUGAGACAACGAGGCCUAGGUAAUAGUGCCACCCAACUACAGAGAAAGCUAACAGAACAGCACAGUGAAAGGUGGCUUGUACGUAUGAUCCAGUACCUGAAUGAUUGCAAACACUUCAGGGACGCUUCUAAUAUUGGCCUUUAA